AUGUCGUCCUUUGACUAUCCUCAGUCCCCGACCAUGUCCCAAGACCGCCAUAUGGGCUCCAUGGCAGCCGCUCUCAGAAUGAAGUUGGAACACCUGCCCUCAUUAAAUAUGCACAACCUCGACAUGCACCGAGCACAUCAAAAACGCCUCUCGUUCGAACUGAACUCUGCCACAUCCUCCCGCUCUGCACACUCCUUCUCGUCACAACAGUCGGACGACACCGAUGCCACAGACCUGACCGUCACCCCGACCCGGUCGCGGGCCAGCACCUUUGACAACGCCGAGACAAUCACGUCCCCCUUGGUACAGACUGAACCAUGCAAACCUCCCCUGCGGAUAGUACUGGGAACUGCGUCGGUGGGCUCACACCUGUCCCCUCUGGCCAAGAUCACCACGGUUGAGGACGCCUCCAAGUUCAUCAACCUCUUCCGAUCAAGGGGUUACAACGACAUUGACACUGCCCGAGCAUACCCCGUCGGUCGUGGAGGCACAUGUGAGAAGCUGUUGGGAGAAGAAGAACUACGACUGGCCAAGUGGGCCAACGUCUCGACCAAGGUGUCCAGUUUCAUGCCUGGGUCUCACCGAGCAAAGAACAUCGCCCUCAGCAUCGACCGCUCAUUAGACGCCCUCAACACUGACCAGGUGGAUGUCAUGUACCUACAUGCUCCCGACCGAGCCACUCCCUUCAAGGAGACGUGUGAGGCCAUGAACAAGGCCUACCUCGAGGGCAAAUUCGAACGCUUCGGACUGUCCAACUACUCGGUGGAGGAGGUUGAGGAGAUUGUUCAAGUGUGUGAAGAGAACGGCUGGGUCAAGCCCUCUGUGUACCAAGGCCAGUACAACCCCAUCUGCCGUGGAGGUGAGGAACGCCUCUUUGCCGUCCUUCGCGAACACAACAUCGCCUUUUACGCCUACAGCCCGUCGGCGUGUGGUUUCUUCUCCAACAAAGUCUCUCGGGCCUCGACCAAGGACAAGAGCAGUCGAUGGAACAUUAACUCACCUCUCGGUGCCAAAUACGCUGGCGACUACUUCCACGACCCUCUGUUUGCGGCAGCGGCGGUUGUCCGAGAACAAGCCAGACGGUACGGCAUCUCAGGUCACGCCGCUGCUCUGCGAUGGACUACGUGGCACUCGCAACUUGGUGCCGAAUAUGGCGACGCCGUCAUCGUGGGUGCGUCCAAGCUCUCCCAACUGAAGGAGAACAUGGAUAUUCUCGAACAAGGCCCUCUUCCGGAACCAUUGGUGGAGACGCUGAAUGGUGUAUGGGAGGACGUAAGGUCGUUCGAAAAAGGCCCUCGUUUUUCCUUUGUCUAA